GCAUGUUGUAACAUAUACCAAGAGUUGCAUAUACAAAAUAGAGUGCAACUUGAGACAUAGAAAUGGCUAUGCUUGGGUAUUCAGAGAUGCUAGUAGCAAUUCUAGCAUUUCUCUUUAUUGUUACACUUACCCUUUGGCUUUGGUGGUGGAAUGGGAACUCUCUACUUAUCAACUGGCCUGUAGUAGGGAUGGUUCCACAACUUUCAUGGAACUCAUAUCGUCUCCAUGAUUUUCUCACUUGUAUACUCCAGCAAAGUCAAGGCACAUUUCUAUUCAAAGGACAUUGGUUUGGCGACAAGGAUUUUGUGUUCACUAGCGAUUCUAUGAACAUCCAUCACAUCCUGAGCAAGAAUUUUGCCAACUACCACAAGGGCGAGGAUUUCAGGGAGAUUUUUGAACCUAUGGGAGAUGGAAUUUUCAUUUCUGACUCCGAUAAUUGGAGAAAUCUAAGGAGAAUAUUUCAUUCUGUACUUAAAAGCAGGAGGUUCGAGCUUGCUACAAAGACUACUAUGGAGCAGAAGAUCUUGAAUGGCUUAUUCCCGAUUCUAAAGAAUGCUUCGAUGCUAGCAAGUGAGGUAGAUAUACAAGAUGUGCUUAAGCGAUUCAUGUUUGAUAAUAUAUGCUUAUUGGUUUUAGGCUUGGAUCCGAAUUCCCUUUCUCCAGAAUUCCCUCAUAUUCCUUGUGCGAAGGCCUAUGAUGACAUGUCGGAGGCUGCAAUUUACAGGCACACCUUGCCAGGAAGCAUUUGGAAGUUGCAAAGGUGGCUGCAGAUUGGGAAAGAGAAGAAGGUUAGGAAAGCCUGGGACAUCUUUGAUGAUUUUGCAGAGCAAUGCAUUACAAGAAAGCGACAGCAAUUAGGCCAAAGCAGCAGAAAUCAGGAGGAACUAGGGGAUUUCGACUUAUUAACAUACUUUUUGGUGAGAGAUGAUAAUAGUAAAGAUCAUCAAGGAGGAGAAGAUGCCAUUUGUACUAAAUCAAACAAAUUUCUAAGAGACACUGCCUUUAAUCUCUUGGCGGCUGGAAGAGACAGCGUCGCUGCUGGACUUGCUUGGUUUUUCUGGCUAGUUGCAACACACCCAUUUGUAGAGAAAAAGAUUUUGGAUGAGAUGGAAGCAAAUUUAAGAGAAGGAACUGGUGGUAAGUGGAAGAUUUUCAGUAUCGAAGAGGUAAGCAAACUAGUUUAUCUCCAUGCUGUUAUAUGCGAGACACUCCGACUGUAUCCACCUAUACCUUUUGAGCACAAAGCUUCUGUUGAACCAGACAUCCUUCCUAGCGGCCAUCAAAUCCCUGGAAAUAUGAAGAUCAUCUAUUCUUUAUAUUCAAUGGGAAGGAUGGAAGAUAUAUGGGGUAAAGAUUUCUUAGAAUUCAAGCCAGAGAGAUGGAUAUCAGAGAGUGGUGAAAUCAAGCAUGUACCGUCUUACAAGUUCAUAACAUUCAAUGCAGGACCCAGGACAUGUUUAGGUAAGGACUUGACGUUUCUGCAAAUGAAAACGGUUGCUUCUACCGUUUUAUGGAAUUUCUCUCUUCAAGUGGUUGAAAACCAUCCCAUUGGUCCAAGUGUUUCUAUGGUACUUUUUAUCGAAAAGGGUUUGAAGGUUAAGGUUUUUGAAAGAUUUGGGUCUUCAAAUGGAGGAAAUGAUGGAAAUCGCAUGUGACGAUUUUCUCCAGAAUCUAUCAGCUUGCAUGUAAACCAGUGACAAAAAUUCAUAUAUAAGAGCUAGUUUUUAGUUAACUAAUAAGGAGAGGCCAAAUGUUUGUGGGCUAGCUACACACUGUGGAUUUCCCUCCACCUUAAUUUCAUGUAUAAAAGCCAGUUUUUGUUGAUUUUUAUAUGAUUCACUGGUUCUGCCAUAGAAAAUGUUUCUCGAUUUGCUAAC